UUCUGGUCCCUGCUCUUUGUUGAGUGACGUGCGAUUGCGUCCCCGUCGCCCCCACCCCCCACCCCGGUCCCUCCCUCUUGCCCCACCGCUCAAGGAGCAUCAUCUGCCUCUAUGAAGCCUAUACCACCCUUCGCCCCGGAGGGGGGGGAUCAGCCCGCCCCGCUUCGCCUGGCCUAGAUUCACACACACACACCCCCUUCGCAGCGCGCAGAGAUGUGAACUUUUGUAGCUCUUGCUUUCCCGUCUUCGCCCGCGAAAGCGUUAAAGGUAUCAGUCUCCUUCCCCAUUUCUUCAGUCAGUCAAGAACAGGAAAUGCAAAAAGCUCUUCAUGAAGACAACCAAGACCCCAUUAGGAGAGAUUCUUUUAGUCAGCAACCAUUUCUGGCUCCGUUGGCACACCCAGAAUUAGAACCAUCUACGGGGUCUCCAACAGACCAAAAAGGUACCCAGCAGGGAUCUCUAGGGAACAGCAACGAUCAGACCUCAAGAUCGCAACAGCCUCUGCUGGUUACUUCUUCCAAUCCUCGUGGCACCUCCACUAUUGGCAGUAACCAUUUACCAAAACGAGUCUUUCCAUGGAUGAAGGAAACAAGACACAGCUCCAAGCAGAGCAGCAGCCUUCCUUCUUCAGACCCCAGGAGCUCUUCACCAAGCCUUUCCUCAUCCAAGAGGGUCCGCACAGCUUACACCCAUACCCAGCUAGUGGAGCUGGAGAAAGAGUUCCAUUUCAAUAGGUACCUCUGUCGGCCACGUAGACUGGAAAUGGCCCGGCUUCUGCGUCUCUCGGAGAGGCAAAUCAAGAUCUGGUUCCAGAACAGGAGGAUGAAAUACAAGAAAGAUAGUCGGGCCAAGGGGACAACAAGGAAAUCCCCAAGCAGAAGCCCUUCAGUGAGUGACUAUUACGGUCACACGGAGGCAGAGUACGAGAUGGCCACUCUCAGCUCCUGUAGCAAGGGCCCGAGAGAGAUACACAGUUCAGCGACCUAUCCAGACCCACUCUUUGACAGCUCCUUGGCAUCUGAAUACGAGCCCUUCUCUUUGCAAGGGGAAGGUCAUCCUUUCGGGCCUCCGGUUCUGCAAGGGAGUCCGAAUGAGAUUGCAGAAAAUUACCUGGGAAAUGAGCCUGAGGCUGACACACUCUUCAGCUUCCCUGACUGCUCCUCAACAAACCUGGACUACAGCUGUGUUGCUGAAAUCCCCGGCCAGCACCAGUUCGGGCCUUCAAACUCCCUUCCCAUUUACACAGACUUAACCACACAUCCUGUGCCUCAGGGAGAUUCUCAGGGACCUGUAAAUCUUAUGCAUCUGUGAGGGGCUCCUCGCCAUGGAAACCAGGCAGGGGAAAUUGCUACAGUCUGAUUAUCUCAUUAAAAAAAAUACCUCUAAGUGCAACCACGAGUAUUUUUCCCUCCUCCUGCUUCCCCCCCCCUCCCCCAACCACCCAUUACCUCCUAUUUAUUUAACUGUACUGGACAUUCAUGGGUGGGGAAGAAGACCUUGCUGGGUGUUACAAAGUUAAGAUUCAAGUAAGGUUGGAUCAAUUGUUUUCUUUUCUUUUUCAGAAAGAAAAAGGUCUGUCUGUGCAUUGCAUUAAACCUCCAUUUUGUAAAACAGUCCUUUUGUGAAUAACUUUGUGAAAGGUGACCGUUAUCUUAGGCGUUUCAGCAGCUGAUCAGCAUUUUGAGGCAAGAGUACGGGUAGUACAAUUCUUCAUGCCGCUUAAAAGAAUAUCCCAGUUCUCUGGCUAACCACAUGUCUUUAUGUCAGAGUGUCUGAGAGUGAGACUUGGGUUCAAAUCUUCAACUUGGACCAGUCCCUAAUUCUCAGUGUCACCUACCUCACAGGGUUGUUGUGAGAAAAAAAGAAAGAACUGUAUAUACCGCCCUGAGAUCUGUGGAAGAAGGGCAGGAUGCAAGCACGAUAGACAGAUAGAUACACAUCAUGGCAAGUUCCUUAGAAUGACCACCUGUGUUCACCCAACACUAGUGAUUUUCAAACUUGCUACACCCUGGGGUAGAAAGUUUGAAAAUCAUUAGUGUUCCACCAGGAUUUGUCUGUUGUUGUGUUUCGCAGAGGACUCUGGGGAAUAUUUUAGGACCCACUCCAAUUCUAAGGGAUGCUGGCCAGCUGUCACAUCUCCCCAUAACUUUGUGAAUACCUGGUAGAUCACACUGGAAGCCAUUCAUGACUUAACUGAAACUACAGACUUUCUUAGCAGGCUUCUGUUAAGCUUCCAAGGAGCUCCAGAGUUCCCUGGGACACAACUGGAGAAGCCACUGCCUUAUAUUGCCCUUCUGUCCUCUAACCUGUUGUGAUAAGGUUGUGAUGCUACUUUUCCUCUUCUGUCCCUUCACCCUAUAGGCCUUGAGUCACCAGGAAAACCUGCCUUAAAAAGCUGUCAUUGGGAGCAGUCUCUCUGACAAUAAACUUUUUCUGGGCCAUUUCCCAAGCUCUAAACCUGCCUUUUAAAAAAACACAAUCCUAACGCCACUUCGCGACACAGCAACAGCGAAGAAAUCACCUGCGCGCGGCUGCGUCAUGGCGAGCCAGCGGCUCUCUCUGCGGGCCAUUGUCUUCCAGCCAGACGUUGGAAGCGACUCAAAGCCCUGCCAUUGUUGCAGCAAGCGAUGCUUUUGCCGUAUGUUACGCAUCGCCGUGGGUUUAUUUUUAACGACGGCUGGACUCUCCGCAUCUAUUUUAAUGUACUGAUUUGAUACUGGAAAAUAAAGAGGCUUUUUCAAACAGCA